UCCACAAAAUGGAUGAAUCAAACAAUGCUGCCCUACUCGUAGCUGACGAAUCCGACAAUUCUAAUUAUGUGAAAGACGAUGGCAUAGAUGAACCACAUUGCAUGUAUAUCCUCAACGCCGUUCUUAGCGGCACUGCUCGCCUCAACGUUCUGCUGCCUAGUUUUACUAUCUUAGCCUUCACUAUCUUCGCUCCCCUCCUUACGAAUGAUGGCAAGUGUAGUAGUUUCGAUCGUUGGCUUAUGGGUAGCUUCUGGGCAGUUUGUUCUGUAUCCUGCAUCUUCUUCUCCAUAACUGAUAGCUUCAGAGCUGCAAAUGGGAGGUUAUACUAUGGGGUAGCAACCAUCAAAGGGAUAUGGACCUUCAACGGACGGCGGAAGAGACCCGCCAUUCCAUCAGAUUACAAGCUUAGGUGGUCAGAUCUCUUCCACACGUCACUGUCGGUCAUUGCAUUCCUGACUUUUGCUGCAUUACACAAUGAUGUUCAGCAGUGCUAUUACCCUCCAAUUUCAAGAAAAGUGACCAACACUGUUCCUUUGGUGGUUGGAUUUGUAGUCAGUGCUUUAUUUGUUCUGUUUCCUACUAAAAGAAGGGGUAUUGGCCACCCCUUCUUGCUACAGAGAGAUCCCCUGUAUUUACGACCUUAA